GAUAGUGACCUUUAAAAUCUAUUCUUUGCAUCAGAUAAUCUUUUUAUCUUUCAUCGAAAACGGCUUCUGACAUACAGCCUGGAGUCUAUAUAAAUACACCCAAAACCCUCCAAAUUUACAUAGGAAACUCAUUUAAAAGGAUUUAAGAAACAUUAAGAAAUGUACAGAGGAAAGAUAUUUUGGCUUGUACUUGCGACGGCCGUGACAACUGCUGUUUCAAUUGACGAAGACGAGAGUCCAGCCAUUGGUGCCUGUCUUUGUGUGACAGACAAUAUAGUUAACGCAAGAAAUGCAGGCGGACUACACGGAACUGUGGUCGCAAAAGUAAGCGAUCCUAGCUGCUACAAGUUUAAAGGCGGAAUCAGGGUCAGUAAUAACUUAACAUGGUACGAACUAAAAGAUGUUGGCGGAAAGGAUAGUGCUUGGGUAGCUGGAAAAUAUCUUUACAUACUUAACGAUGAACUGUGUGCAGGUUACUGUAAUGUCGGCUCAAAAUGGGCCGCCUGUAUGGUGUUGGGUUUAGCUGUCGGGGGAGAAAUACGUCUCUGGGAUAAACAUGUAUCUGGAGAAAUUGACAAUGCCUUUCCCUAUAACAAUGUGCGAGACACUUGCAAUGGACGUGCGGCUGCAAGGUCACAUUACCCAUGUGAAGAAUGCCUGAGUCCAGGAGCACCAGGUGGACAUAUCUGUCUGGACUACAGAGUGCUUUCCUUUAUCCAUACACUUUACUACUACAAGCUCGCUGGUCUUGUUCCUAGUGUUAGCGUGAAUGAGUUGGCUGGGGCCUGUCACAGCUGUCGUUCAUAUCAUUACGAGGGCCUGGCAGUGGACGUCAACUAUAAUGGAACGCUUGAUUUGUUUGGCUUAUUUAGUGAUCUAACACGUAUGCAAGACUUGUGCGACUUCAUGGGCGGCUGGAACCAUUAUGACAAAAGCCAUUUUCACUGUGACUUCAGAGAAUAGACACAAUAAGUUGGACAUUUUACGGCUACUCUUUGUAACACGAGCUGAUAUGCACGUUUUUAAUCAUAUGUCAUUUAGAAGUCUUGCGCAAGCUAGUGGUUCAGGUUGUACGAUAUAAAUUUUGAUGUUUUAUCUCAAAACUUCUAACAUUUUCUGAAAUGGAUACCAAUGACUCCUGGUUGACAAAACCUGAUGUAAUAUAUAUUGUAAGGUAUUUGCGAAAAUUACAAGAGGUGCUGCUUAAAUCGGUUUACGUAUAGUAAAAAGAUAUGCCGGAAUUCUAUUUUUAUUAUUUAUAAAUAAUUCUUUUUAAUGGAGCUCUGCUGCUCCUUGUCUUUGUCAAAGUUUAGUAUUAGUAUGAAGUUUAAUAUAACGAUCAGCAGCAACAACUUGGUUUUACACGUGUAAUUAUGUCUCCCACCAUACAGUGGUGUGGGAGACAUAUUGAUUUACUCCAGUCUGUCUGUGUGUCUGUCACAAAGCUUAUCCGCACCCUAAAGCAAACAUUUCUCACCCGAUCUUCACCAAACUUAAACAAAAUGUGUCUGGCCAUAAGACCUUGGCCAAGUUCGAUAACUAGCCAAAUCGGCCCAGGCACUUCGGAAUUAUAGCCCUUGAAUUACCGGAAAAUCGUCGGAGCGCAUGCGCUUUCGUGCACCCCAACCGUACCCUAUACUGCUUUUAAUAUUAGUAUAGGGUACGUUUUGGGUGCAAGAAAGCACAUGCACAAGUAGUAUAGUGUACAUUUUGGGUCCAAGAAAGUGCAGACUGACUUACUAUAUAGAUGAUUAGGCAGUUGUGGGAGACAUGCGCUUUUCUCAAAAGCAUCUCUAGUUAUGUAUGAAAUCAUACAACGCAUGUAAAAUUUCUAUUCUUCUUCAUUUUUAUUAAUAUCUAGCUUUUAUUUUCACCCGCUUUAUCGUUUUUCAGUUCUAUGCCAAAUUUGGUGGAAUUAUCAUGUUGAAAAAUUUCACCCAAACUGUGGGCGAGUAGCUUUAAGGGAUAGAUAGAGAUUAGUAAGAUAUGUCUCUUAUAAUUUUAGGGAAUGGAAAAGAUCUAACUGUGUACUGUUAUUUUAGUUUUUUAAAAAAAAAUAUAUAUUGUACAUCUAUAUGUUCGAUGUUUGCGCAUAGAUGAGACUAUAAUAAAGAAAUAUACUUCAAGACAUUAUUAAAAUUAAUUAGUCAAAAUCAUAUUUUGCAUAAUAGGCACUUUCAUUUCUGAAAUCCCAUUUUCAAAUUACAAUUAUUUAUUUUUUGUAAAAAUAUCAAAUUAGUUUGGAUACUACUAAAUAAAGCGCAUGAAAACAUG